GCCAAACAAAUAAAUAAAUACCGUUGACUGUUAAAACACACAUAUUUUGUUUAGUGAAUAGUGUUAAUGUUUAGUGUUGGCUUAGUGUUACUUAGUGUUAUUAGGGCUCGGUGACGUCACACACCAAAAUAAGCAAUGCAACGCCAGAUGAGGUUUUCUAACAGAAAUGACUUUUAUAAAUCAAGUUGAACUUAAUUAGAACAAAUGAGUUUUGUACAACAUGUGAUGUGAGAGGUGGUUAGGGCGAUGUCGGGGGCACGAUCCGUUGUUACGGAGCUGCCUCGCUCCACGGCCUAUUACUACGCCGACCUGGAGAAGAUGAGGCGGGAUCAUGAAGUCCAGGACAAACAGCCGGAGUUCCAGGUGUAUGAACGAACCAAGGAUACGGAGGUGGUUAAGAUAACGCUGGAAGGCAACUGGAGCCCGGAGUAUAGUACGCCGGAGAACGGGAAUAAGGUCGGAGAGACGUACUCCACGGCGGGGACGUUCCCUUUGAAGGAAAUAAAGGAGAAGGAACCGCUGCUGGCGGAGCUAGAGCUGGUGGGGCGAGUGCCGCUCACACAGCUGGAUAAUACAGGUGUUAGGAGGACCAGGAGUUGGUACUUGUGCUGCCCGAACGUCGGUGACGAGGAGAUAUCGAGAGAAUCCAGCUGGAGGUACUCCAGCCUAAGACCUGUGACUGCUGCACCUGUAGCCGGCAGAAACGGUGUGCAGGCGGUGGCCAGUCAUAGCAGCGGUCGCGAGGAUAUAGAGUCUCUGAGGGCGGAGCGAGAUGCUCUGGUCCGAGCGCUCGCCGCGGAGAGGCAGAGGGCGGCGGCCGAGGGCAGAGCCCACGACGCCCGCCUCGCGGAGCUACACGGGGUCAUCGCUGAACUAGUCAGGAGGCGCACCAGCGACCGGAGGGCCAAGGUCAUCCCCGAGGAGGAGCUGUCGGACGAGUGCGAAUCCAUCACUCAGCCGGCGGGUGACGUGGACAAUGACGUCACGGAGCACACAGAACAGUAUGAGAGCUCGUCGGGAGUGAGCCCCGCGGAACUGAACACUCCUCAGGAGUUGAAGAAGGAUGAGGAGGUGACUGACAGGGCGUCGUCGCCGGCGGAGGCGCCCCCCGCGGGUGACUCGGAGCUUAGCUCCAGUAUGAUGUUGGCGGAGGAGGAGGUCUGUCUGAAAAACGCGCGAUGCUGUCAGCACGUCCGCGCGGACACCGGAAGUUGUGACAGGGAGAGAGGCUCGCCGGGACUGCUUCCGCCGUCACCUAGUAAAUGCGAGUUCAGGGAGGCGAAGAUGGCGUCCAGGGUCCGGCUGAAGAAGACGCAGGAGGUUCAGGACACGCGCGGCUCCGACCCAGACGAGGCGUGGUGUGUGGAUGCGGCGGAGCGCCUGGCGUUAGACGUGUGCGCGCAGGCGGACCUCAGGGAGGCGCUGGUCGCGACCGGAAAUGACGAGGUCCACGAGCUGGACACGGCGUUGGCCCAUGUACGUCUGUGGCGAGCUCGCUGCGGCCGGCUAGCGGCGGACUGCCGCGUGCUAGACUGUGCACUCGCCAGGGCUGUGGACACAGCGCACAGGCUGUCCUGUGCGUGUGCGGUGCAGGAGUCGUCGAUGGUGUGUCUGUGCGGCGCCCUGCGGGCGGCGGACCGGGCGCUCGAGGUGUACGACGUGCUGCUGGCGCUGGCCGAGACGCAGCACGCGCCGCACGACCUACAGGUGACGCUGCGCGGACCUAUCGUCAGUCAGCGGAGGCCGUGGCGCGGCGCGUGUUGUGGCGUUUGGAGUCCGCGCCCCCGGCCUGGGGCGAGCCUCUCCUGCCGCCCGGGCCGUGGGCGGAGCGCCCGGGGACGGAGCCUCCGCCCCCGCCCUGGACCGACGACUGUGAGAUUCGACUGCGGACCCUCGCCGCCCAGCUCAAGAGAGAAACCGUACAGAUGAGAGCGCUCCGGACCCCGCCCGCCCUAUACUCGCCACACGACAGCACCGCCCCCGAGUCUGUGUGCAUGUCCGAGAUGGAAGCAGCCGUGUUGGUGCAGGAGGUGCUAGCGAGCAGAGAGCAGCGGGCGGCGGACGAGCUCGCGAGGAGACAGGACUGACGCCACCACCCGGAACAGCUGGCGACUGCUGGAGCACUACACCUGGAGAACAUCACCACAGCUGCACGAUUCAUGUUCAUCACAAGAUCGGAGGCUGAAUAAUACUAAUCAAAUAUAAAUCUUUUUUUUUGUGAUUUUUUUAAAUUUUAUUUCUAAUACAUUUCGUUUGUGAGACGUCCCACUGCCUGCUUGUCAGUGGCAGGGGUCGGGGCGACGCGGUGCUAGUUGAGUUUAGACGACAUAAAUUAUAAUGAUAUAUA